UUUUUUUUACCCUUCCCUUCCAAUGCCUCAGAGCUGAGAGAGGACCAUGAAUCUGAGCUCUGUCUGCUGUGAGUAAUCUGCUGAUGCUGCGUCUUUGCCGUACAUCUGCGUGAAGCGGUGUGAUGUGGAGGUGAUUUUCAUCAUUCAGACAAACCAGUGUGUUAGGACGCGUCCCGCUCAUUGUCACUGUGUAGCCCAUACACAUGCACGAAACCAUGGGUAGCUCCCCCGAGGUGCUCUCGUGGACGUCCUGCCCCAGUCUGCUGGUGGGUAAACUGAAGGAGGAGCUCAAACUCACCGUGGUUGGGGACAACGUGAAGAAAUCAAAUGUGCCCAAUUCCCAACCUCAGCCUCCUCAGUCCCCUCCACCCAACCUACCUCCUCAGAUUAUCACAGACCUGGCCCCGCCGACGCACCUGCCCGUCCCCCUGCAGACGCUGCAGACGCCCGGCCAGGACGAGGACUCAGUGCUGGGGGGUAUAACUCCCCCAAACACAGCCCUAAGUGUGGACUCAACACGGAGCGAGGGCGGGCACUUUGACAACAGCGUGCUCCAGCUGCAGGAGCAGAGCCACGAGGAAGCCGGAUCGCCGGCCUCCUGUGAGCAUGGUUGUGGAAGUGGCAUGGAGGAGCAGAUGGGAGAAGGGGACUGUCCCAUGGACCACGGUGGAGAGGGGAGGCAGAGCCACCCUCAUCAUCACCCUGAUGACAUCAAGCUGCACUUCCACAGAGCGGGGCCUGGCUCGGGCGGGUUCUUAGAGGGCUUGUUCGGCUGUCUUCGGCCUGUCUGGAACAUCAUAGGGAAGACUUACUCUACAGAAUACAAGCUACAACAGCAAGACAUGUGGGAGGUCCCAUUUGAGGAAAUCUCCGAGUUGCAGUGGCUGGGCAGCGGUGCACAGGGAGCUGUCUUCUUGGGCAAGUUCCGCUCUGAGGAGGUGGCCAUCAAGAAGGUGCAUGAGCAGAAGGAGACAGACAUCAAACCCUUGAGAAAACUCAAGCAUCCAAAUAUCAUCAGCUUCAAGGGUGUGUGUACCCAGGCGCCUUGUUACUGCAUCAUCAUGGAGUACUGUGCCCAGGGCCAGCUGUAUGAGGUGCUGAGGGCAGGGAGGAAAGUGACCCCCAGGAUGCUGGUGGACUGGGCUACAGGCAUCGCCAGCGGCAUGAACUACCUACACCUGCACAAGAUCAUCCACAGAGAUCUCAAGUCUCCCAAUGUUCUGGUCACCUACAACGACACUGUGAAAAUCUCCGACUUUGGAACGUCCAAAGAGCUCAGUGACAAAAGUACAAAGAUGUCAUUUGCGGGUACAGUGGCCUGGAUGGCCCCAGAAGUGAUAAGAAAUGAGCCUGUGUCUGAAAAAGUAGACAUCUGGUCAUUUGGAGUUGUGUUGUGGGAACUUCUGACCGGAGAGAUUCCCUACAAAGACGUGGACUCCUCUGCCAUUAUUUGGGGUGUUGGCAGCAACAGUCUUCACCUUCCUGUCCCCUCCACCUGCCCGGAUGGCUUCAAGAUCCUCAUGAAACAAACAUGGCAAGGAAAGCCGAGGAAUCGGCCUUCGUUUCGUCAGAUCCUCCUACACCUCGACAUUGCCGCCGCUGAUGUCCUAGGAGCUCCUCAGGAGACCUACUUCCAGUCUCAGGUAGAAUGGAGGGAGGAAGUAAAGAAACAUUUUGAGAAGAUCAAAAGUGAAGGCACCUGUAUCCACAGGCUGGAUGAGGAGCUGAUCCGACGCAGGAGGGAUGAACUCAGGCACGCACUGGACAUCCGGGAGCACUAUGAGAGGAAGCUGGAGAGAGCCAACAACCUCUAUAUGGAGCUCAGUGCCAUCAUGCUGCAGCUGGAGGUCCGAGAGAAGGAACUAAUGAAGAGAGAGCAGGCAGUGGAGAAGAAAUAUCCCGGGACCUAUAAGCGCCACCUGGUCAGACCCAUCGUCAGGUCCAACGCUGUUGAGAAGCUCAUCAAGAAGAAGAGCAGCAUGUCCCACAAACCUGGGAUGCCCCCCACUAAAAGGCCAGACUUGCUUCGCUCUGAUGGUAUCCCCGGCCUCGACCCUUUCCCCUCCCCCUCGCCUCUCUCUGCCAGCCCGAAGAUCUCCACGCCUCCUGGCAAAGCCCGCUACCGAAGCAAGCCUCGUCACCGCCGGGCCAACAGUAAAGGAAGCCACAGCGAGUUCCCCGGGUUGUUGAAGCCUCUUGCUGGGGUGUUAGAAGACGCCCAGUCUCUCCAGGAGCAGCCGUUCCUCCAUCACCACCACCACCACCCACCACCAACCGUGGGGCCCCUCCUCCCCUUGAAGGGCCGCGAGGAGGCCGUUGUCAACUGUGCCAACAACCUGCGUUACUUCGGCCCCGCAGCUGCCCUCCGUAGCCCUCAGACAGACCACCUGCAGCGCCGCGUUUCUGGCUCCAGCCCUGACCUCAUAUCCACUGCUGUGGAUGCAGACACGCGACAGCGGACUUCAUCCACCAGCGGCAGUCUUGUUGCAGGUGCUGGCGCUGGCGCUGGUGCUGGUUCUUUGUGUCCCUGCUGCCAGGCUCACCCCUUCCCCGGCUGCCUACACUGUCAGGAGACCCCUCCUGCUUCAAGCCACCCAGAAUUGCCCCAAUACUCCCUGCUCAACACCCAGGAAGGCACUGCAUCUUCUUUAGGUGCUCCUGGCAAAGGUCCAGCCUCAGACGGAGAGGCCACAAAGAAGGCUGAACCACAGGAACAAGCGGCUUCCCAACGCUCUCACACCCUGCUCACUGCACUGCCCCGCUCUCUCAGACCUCUCAGGAAGGGCGAUGAGUCGUCUGAAGAGGAGGAGGGGGAGGUUGAUAGUGAAGUGGAGUUUCCAAGGAGACAGAGACCUCAUCGCUGUAUGAGCAGCUUCCAGUCCUACUCCACCUUCAGCUCAGAGAACCUGUCGGUGUCUGACGGGGAGGAGGGAAACACCAGCGAUCACUCUCACAGCGGGCCCCUGGAGAGGCUGAGCACCAGUCAGGAGGAGCACCUGGAUGAGCUGCUGUCACACACACCGGACAUCCCCAUCGACAUCUCCACCCAGUCAGACGGCCUCUCUGACAAGGAGUGCGCCGUCCGCAGGGUGAAGACCCAGAUCUCACUGGGGAAACUGUGCUCUGACGAACACAGCUACGAGAAUCCACUACAGUUUGGGGACUCAGACUGUGAUACGUCCGAAGCCGAGUGCUCCGAUGCCACCAUCAGAAACAACAAAAUCGGGGCUCCUUCCUCGUGGUGAAACGCGCCCCUGGGCUCCGUUCUGUUUUUGCCUGGAGGCCACCGUGUCCCACUCUGCCCUGCAGAAAAUACAGCAAUAAGAAGACGACAUUGUAAACAAAGCUCCUUAUAUCAAAGCCCCAUGCAAUCUCUCCCAGAACUCUUCCCUUCAUAACCCCCACCCCCCAUCUCUAGCACAGCAUCCAGGCAACCCAUGGCAGGGAUUCCCUUUUGAAUGAUAUUGUACAGUAGAUUGUGCAACAGUCAUAAUUUAUUUUGAAGGAAUAUUCAGGACAUCUGUAAAUUCUCUGAUCUGAGCAGAGAAUUGUUUUUGAAACUGAGCAUGGGCUUCGUGUGUGAUGAUGAUGAUGAUGAUGAUGAUGAUGAUGAUGAUGAUGACAUCUAGCAGUGUGGAGUUACAUCACUGCAAUUAGACUAAAAUACCCAACCAACAUGGACCCCUUUACCAAAGUAAGACCACCCUGCUUUAUCAUGAGCCGCUGUACCAUGCCUUCCCCAACUUCCAUCCCGUCCCCACAAUGGUGAGUGAGGAACAGGGAGCUUAUAAAACCACCAGCAUGAACAACCGGACUCCCUUUCCUCCCUUGAAAAAGCCACAUGUGUCUCGUCAGUCAUCGGGGGAUCCCCGCUAAACUGUCCAAGCAUGCCUGUGCAGCUCGAAAAAUGCAAAAACGCUGUCAGAAGACUGCAUGAAGUGGACACGCUAGCAGAGCAAUGAAGACUCAGCUGACUGCUCAGGGGAGGAUAAAAAAAAUAAAAAAAUAACUCUUCCUCUGUGACCCAGCUCAUCCUUCUCCGAGACAUGCCAAAGUCGUCAUCAUCAAUCAGAUGUCAUGAGUUGUUUAGGAAGUUAUCAGUGUGUGUAUGAAAACAAAGCCCUUUCCUCUCCAUUAGACAUUCAAGUCUCAUCUCAGGAUUGUUCGAGGACUGUGAGAAACUGGACUGGACCAAUUAUUGUAUGUAGGAAUCUUUUUUUUGUGCGACACAUAAUAUGGACCAUAUAGGAAUAUUAAAAAGGGUCCUACAGAUAACCUUGAUGUUCAACCCUUAAUUGUUGUAACAGAUGUUAAGGUUAUGUAGACAUGUAGAGCGUUUUAGUUGCUAUCCAGGCGCAGUAUCCCAUUUCUUGAAAUCAAUAGGUGCAGCUCCCAUUUACCAUUUUCCAACAGGGUAAUUUCUACUGUCUGAUAAGCAAUGUCCAAAAACAAUAAUUGCUUUCUGUGCUGUAGUGAGUUAAACAGCAAUAAUGUAGGUUGUCGCUCAGGUGAGAAAGUUGCUUGCUCAGGAUCCGGGGCGUCUAGCAGGCUAGACACAACACAGUGACUGGUGGCUAGAGGAGAGCAGGGUGAAUCAGCGUAGCAUAGAUGCUAUGUUUUUAAAUUGGCCCAUUUUUAGGAACUUGCUUUUCCGGUUGUUUGAUGCUCAGGUUUUGUGUUGCUGAAAGCAGGAGCAAUAUAUCAACAGCCACUAGAUGGCGGCAGUCACAAUUACUUUCUUCACCUUGUGUUUUGUCCUGGCUCCAUUCUUUAUUUUUCUAACCAAGGUAAUUUAUCUGAAGUUUCCCAUCACCAUCCAUAUCCUAGAAACCCAGCAAUAUUACUAUUUUUAUCUUGUUGUCUUUGAAAAGGGAUACUGCAUCUGUGAGAGCUUUUUAACAUAUUUUUUAAACUCCCUAUUAGAGUGUUUGUUAUCCACCUUAAUGAAAAAUAGCCAGCCAGGGUUGAAUUUUAACAAUAAUGAUGUCAAGAUGUCAGCUCAAGUGUACGCAGACGGCUGAGAUUCAGAGUUAGGAAAUAAAAGCCAGAGACGAGGCCACAGAGCAAAAAAAGCUGCUCUUGGUUUUCAACAACCUCAUCUCAGUGUUAGCUCCUCCUGUUGUAUAUAAACAUCUGUAAAUGUAAUGUAAUCUGUUUUUGUCCUCUCUCUCUAUAACGUAUCUCACAGCUCCGACAGAGCCUUGUGUCACUGAUGACCAGCCCGAGCAGGAAAUGCUUCCAUCUGUAUUGUAUCAGUAUUGAUCACUGUGUGAGUCAUGAGGACCGAGUAGCACAAGGUGAAUCUAAAACUGUACUGAUGGAUCUAUUACCUUUUUUUUUUUGCUUGAAAGCUUCGGAAAGGCUUACACCUAGCUCCGAAAGCAACCGCUGCCUUUCCUCAAGGCUCCUUCAACCAUCUUCACUCUGUUUACGUUUUUGUGAAAUAACCUAGUGUAUUGUAAUGACUGGGUAAUCCGAUCAAGCUGUUUAUAACAUUGUCUUUCUGGCAUAUAUCCUGUGAAGUAUGAUUGUUGUAAAGGUUUAAUUUAAUUUUGAUUCUUGUUUUAUUUUUAUUUGUAGCUGGCCUACAUGAUUAUUGAAUUAAUGUAUUAUGAAUGACUGGUAAGGUGUUCUUUAAUUUUAGGCAGCUUUAGAAAUGUCAUGACCUAUGAUUUAUUUUGAAAAGUAUUAUUUAAAGGAAGCACAAUGAAUUGGUAUGGGAAGAGGACAGUGUUUGUAUGGGAGAACAAAAAGCAUUGUCAUAUCACGGCCAUAGUUUUUGUCUUUGUGACCCUGCAGGGGUCUAUUCAUCAUUUACAUCAUGAAGUAUUGAUUUAGCAGACUUUACGUCAGUAAUUCGAAACAUCAGGCGUUCCUAAAGCUUUUUUAUUUCAAAAUAGGUGCUGAGGAAUCACUUCGAGUCAGUGCAAUGUCACAGCAGGGUAAAUGAGACGUUAAGCCUGAAGGCAUGUGUGAUGCCAACUUCUGUACUUCUGCAGAGAUCCCUUCCUUUCCUUUUUAAUCAAAAUUCCAGUUACUUACAUCUGAAUUUCUGUGAAAUUGUCUCUAACUGUAGACAUCAUUUUGCCUCAUCCCAUGUAUCAAACAUCUGUUUCUUUGUUGCUCUCAUUUCCAACUCCCUUUCCUGUUGAAUGGCAUUACGAUCAACCAAUCCUGUCCGUUUCCUGUAUUAUCCAGUGUACAGUGCAAUGGGCAUCUGGGAGAAAUAAAAUCAGAGCAAACAACUGCAUGGAAUAAAUGCUGAUGUACUGU